AUGUCAUUGCUUCAAGAUCUUGUCUUGAUUAUCACAGGUAGUGCGUCUGGAAUUGGCCUCGCGACAGCUACACAAGCUCUGGAUCAAGGCGCCCGGAUCCUAGGUGUCGAUGUCUCGUCAGCCCCUGCGUCACUCAGUGAACACCCAAAUUACAAAUUCCUACAAGGUGAUCUGACCCAUGAGUCCACACCGAAACAAGUGGUAGAAACAUGCAUCAAAGAAUUCGGUGGCCGAAUUGAUGGUCUGUUGAACAUCGCGGGUAUCAUGGAUCGCAAUGCCAGCGUGGAUAGUCUGUCCGAUGAUAUGUGGGAUCGGUGCAUCGCGAUUAAUCUGUCAGCCCCAGUGAAGCUCAUGCGUGAGGUUAUCCCUAUUAUGCGAGAGCAGAAAAGUGGUAGUAUUGUGAAUGUUGGUAGCAAAGCAGCCACAAGCGGUGCGGCGUCCGGUGUCGCAUACACGGCUAGUAAGUCCACCACGCUUUUCGUCGUGCAACCAAAAAUGUUGCAUGGCGGUAUAAACAAGAAGGGAUUCGUUGCAAUGCGGUUUGCCCGGGCGGUAAGUCUGAACACCAUACUCGAGGAUCAUCGUGGAUACGCAGUUAGCUCAUCCUCUAUCCCAGGAGUUCCAACUGGCAUAGUGCAAGCAUCUGAUCCAACCACUUGGGACAAGGAUGCUCUAGGAACAAUGUCUCUUAUUCACGAGGCACACGCUUCUGAUCGGCGUGAGGGGCUGGGAGUUGAGGCCGAGAAUAUCGCCGACUGUCUUAUCUUCUUGGUCUCAAGUCACAGCAAAAGAAUCAACGGAUCAGUAAUCCCCGUCGACAAUGCUUGGUCUGUGAUCUAA